GGAAGCGGCGGCGGCUCCGUGGGCCCGGGGUCGGGGCGGUGACUGCAGCAGCAGCGGCGGCGGCGGCGGCGGGAGGAGAAGGGGAAGGAGAAGGGGAAGGAGAAGGAGAAGGAGAAGGAGAAGGGGAAGGGGAAGGGGCUCCGAGGGCCCGGGCGAGACCAGGCCAUGGUUUUCCUGCAGUGUUUCCCGCCCCCGGCCGAGGGCGUGCGGCUGCAACAGCCCGAGAUCGCGGCCGUGAUGGACGGACUGGGCCUGGGCACCGGCACCCUGUACAUCGCCGAGAGCCGACUAUCUUGGUUUGAUGGAUCUGGUAUGGGAUUCUCCCUGGAAUAUCCGACCAUCAGUUUACACGCGGUGUCCCGAGACGUGACGGUUUAUCCACAGGAGCACCUGUAUGUGAUGGUGAAUGCCAAGCUGGGGGACGGGAGUAAAGAAGGAAACAUGGAAGAAAAGGCAUCAGAUGGAGAGGAGGCAGAGGAAGAUGAAGACGCCAGCCCCAUCACCGAAGUUCGCUUUGUACCGGUGGACAAAACAGCACUGGACCAGAUGUUCACCGCCAUGUGCGAUUGCCAGGCCUUGCACCCGGACCCCGACGACUCGGACUCGGAGAACGACUUUGAGGAGGACGAUGAGGAGGGAGAGGAGUAUGAUGUUGAGGCACACGAGCGAGGCCAGGGAGACAUCCCGUCCUUCUGCACCUACGACGAAGCUUUCUCCCGCCUGAACCCGGAGGGACACGCCACCCUGCAGAGGCUGGAGGGCAUGCUGGCCCAGUCGGUCAGCCAGCAGCCCUUCCACAUGGCCGGAGUGCGGACGGACGACUCGGCCGCCGACAACGAAGAUGGGAUGGAGGUAGAUGCCACGCAUGUGGAGGCUGGGCAGUUUGACGAUGCUGAUGUUGAUCACUGACACGCCUUGAUAAUUGACUGACAAAAUCUACAUUUCGAAUGGUCAACCUAACAGAAACUUUUAAUAAUUAACAUCGGAGGAAAACAAAAACAAAAACAGCCACCUAACCUGUUGAAAUGUAAUGUGUGUUCUGUACUGACCACCGACCCAUGUCCCUACGUGUAACUGUGGCACGCAAUGCUUAGUACAGUAUAAUGCUGUUUCCUUUUAGUGUACGUUUUGUACCACGGAGUUUUGCAAGAUUAGGGUGUUGAGUAAAGCCUAUUUCUAUUUUGUACUCUAGUGUGGAUACUCUGGUCUCAAUGGCUUUCAGAUCUCCUUCUGGGGAGGGUUUGAGCCCACGGGCAAUCCCAAUACGUUUGUAACAAGUUUUCUGAUUUGUGCUUUUCUUUUUGCCAAGCAACUGGUGACCAAUAUUUUGUUUAGAAGUUAUUUUAAAGCUGAAAUGUUAACCUGAUGACAAUUAAAAUUAAUUGGUUGACAACCA